GUGGUGGCAUAUUGGGUGGCUCUACAUCCAGGUCUUCAGGGAGUUCGCCGAGUUCUCGACCAUCGUCAACUACGACUACGAAGAGGAGCAUCCGCUCCCUUUUCCCGACGUGACGGUGUGCAGUGUGAAUCCCCUGAGGAAGUCCGCCCUGUGCGCCGAAACCUUUCCGGGCAAUCUGGCGCUGCCGCAGGAAAUUCGACGGCGGGUGUGCAACGACACACCACUCUUCUUGAACCCCAACCGGGACGACGAGAAUCUUCUGCAAAAACUACGGAUUUGGAUGGCCCGGCUCAAGAAGAACAACUUCACGAACCUGCGUCGACUUUCGAACGAAUUCGACAAGACCGUACUCGACUGUUCGUACGCGCAGAAGGACUGCACAAACGAAAAGUUUUUUGGCAGGAGGCUGACCUACCGCUACGGAAUCUGCUUCUGCUUCCACUGCAACAUCACCGAUCCAGAAAUGGAGCCUUUCUUCGACUACCACUCAACCUCAAGCCCGAACCAGGGACUCGAGCUUAUCUUGGAUCCUCAGCUCGACGAGUACCUGCCUAUAUCGACGGAGGUGGGGUUCGUGGUCAUGGUUCACGGGCACGGGUUUCGUGAAAACGUGAUCAGCGACUCUGACUUCGUGGAGCCAGGCUACGUCACGUACAUUGGCCUGCACAUGAAUAAGCGCACUGGCCUGCCGGAACCCUACCAGAAACCUUGCAGGAGUGACUACCCACGCCAUUUGAGGAAGUGGGUUCGCAACAUGACCAAGUACACAAAAGAGAGGGCAGCUACCUGCUAA